CUGCUGCUCGGCACAGCUGAGCAAGUGCAAGGCCAGUGUUCGUUUACGCUCGAUAUGAAGUUCGGUUCCACGUAUCAGCUCGUGUCUCCACGCUAUCCACAGAACUAUCCCCCGAAUAUAGAGUGUACGUACUCGAUUCGGGCACCGUACGGCUACAGGAUCGCUGUCGAUUGCCGCACCUUACAGAUCCCGAGUAGCACCAACUGUAAGCUGGACUCGCUGAAAGUAUCACGGACUGGGCGGUUGGAUUUUAGCGACGCUUACGUCUACUGUGGCGUUGGACCACUGCAAGAGAAAUCCACCGGGAACCGCUUAACGAUGCGCUUGACAUCGGCAGCAACGAGCUUCGGUGGCAAGUUUAGCUGUACUCUCAGCAUACCGGAACAGAACUGUGAAUGUGGUCGAAAGAAAACGCAACGUAUCGUGAACGGAGUGGAGACGGCUGUGAACGAGUUUCCCAUGAUGGCGGCACUGAUCGAUGUGAAAACGAAAACCGUUAUCUGUGGUGCCACCAUCAUUACCGAUAAUUAUGCCCUGACGGCGGCUCACUGUCUGCUGCAACGUACCAAGGAUGAUACGGUGCUGUUGGUGGGCGAUCACAAUAUCCGCACCGGGAGCGAUACAUCGUUUGCGCAGAUCUACACCGUGGCUCAGUUUCUGAGUCACUAUGGGUUCACCUUGAAACCGGUGGCGAAUGAUAUUGCGAUGGUGCGUACCCAGAACGCGAUCCAGUACAACGCUGCGGUUGGUCCGGCUUGUCUACCGUGGCGAUACGCGCGGCAAACGUUCGAGGGCCAGCAGCUGGAGGCGACCGGUUGGGGUGACCUGGAUUUCGGUGGCCCUCGCUCCGAUACCCUUCAGAAAGUUCAACUUUCGGUCAUCGGUAACUCGGAGUGUUCGCAGCGUUUGGGAACCACCGUUCCGUAUCAGCAGCUUUGCACCUUUACACCCGAUCGUGACACUUGCCAGGCGGAUUCUGGUGGUCCCUUGUUUUACACAAAUCCUUCGUCCGGGCUGCUGUACAACGUGGGAUUGGUGAGCUUUGGGUUCGCGUGUGCCACCGAGCGGCCAAGUGUUAAUACCCGGGUUACCGAGUUCCUGGACUGGAUUAUGGCGAAUAGUGCCACGUCCUUCUACUGUUUUCGCUAA